AUGUUGAGCGUUGACCUCCAACGUCUCCCAGAGAAGAAUGGCUGUUUCGAGAAGACGGCCGGCCAGACGCUCAAGACCGAUGAGAGGACAGCGGCGGACCUCAGGAUGGACCCCAGGGUGGACCUCAGGUUGGACCCCAGGCUGGACCUCAGGUUCGACCCCAGGGUGGACCUCAGGGUGGACGGCGGCAUUAAAGGGAAAAGACGCAAACACCACGGCCACCGCCAAGCCCGGAGCGCCUCCUUCGACAAGGAGCUCUCCCCUCGGCCGAAGAGGAAGAAGAAGAAGAAGAAGAAUAGAAAGUCUGAGCGGAAAAGGAAAAGGUCUCCAUCCUUCAGCCUGUCGCCGCUGAGGAAGAAGAAGAAGAAGAAGAAGAAGAGGAAGAAGAGUGCCAAGAAAAGCAAGCGGCACAGGUUCACCUCCAAAAAGUCAAAACACAGCAGCUCGUCCAGUUUAAAACAGAAGAGGAAGUAUGAGCGCAAACACAAGAAAAGUUCUCGGACUCACUCUCGGCGGAGGCGACGCUAUCGGAGGUCAGAGACGGACAGUUUGUCUUACCAAUCUGCUGCAGAGGACAGGCACCUGGGUCGCUCUAUGGGGCGCCCGCUACUCGGAGACCCGGAGUCCAGCGGCGUUGACACGGAGUGGAGACCUGCAACCAAGUCAGGCUAUAAAAUGGCCCCAAAAUAUGGCUCCGCCCACUCCACCGCCACCGUAAGUCCACUUCAGGACCGGCUCAGUCACGGCAGCCGGGUUUGA